AGACACCUCAGGCAGCCAUGCUGUUGCUGCCAUGGAGAAGAUUCUCUCAGCUCUGAAUGGCCUCAGUGAGACAUGGCUGACCCUAGGCUCAGCUUCCUACCACAUAGACCUCAACUACACUCUUCUGAGUGGACUGGGGCUACUGCUUCUGUACAUCUCCUACCUGAUAUUAAAACUGCUUAUACACUUGCUGUGGAGAGAGAAAUACACCCCAAAGCUAUGGGAGAAAGGGAAGAAGAGAAGGCAAACCCUCAAAGGUGGGCGAGCUUGCCAGAGAGAAGCGGCGCAGAGGAGGGAGCUGCAGACAACCCAGCCAAGCUCUCUGGAAGAGCCCUCUGAGGCCUCCUGCAAUGAACUACCACUCCACAGAGAUCCCCUCUUGCCUGUGUGUGAUAGAUCUGGCAAUAUCAGUCAUCAGCUCUCCCAGGACCACCUCAAAGAUGGUAAAGCCUCUUACUUGUGCGUGGCUUCCACAGUUCCUGGGACGGAGGCCUCGUUUGUUCUGUCCUCUCUGCUCACAGGAAACCAGGCAGGGCAUUCGGCUCCAGCCCUUCUACCGGAGCCUUUACCGCUGGCUCCGUCCAUCCUUUCACCUAACUGCUUUGCCCCCCUAGAAGGCUUCUACUCAGCCACACUGCUGCACGACUCUCUGACACCAGAGUCCACACUUCCCUUGAACCCUUCACUUCUCCCGGACCCCACCCCACCCUAUCCACUUGCCUCUUUUCCUCUUCCAACAAGAGAAGUGCAGAAGUCAGAAGUGGUCUUCCAACUGGAAACCAUGAGAUCUCUGGUGGACAGACUCAAUGAGAUGCCCACUAAUGUCCCACCAGCCCAAGGCACUGGCUGUGUAAGACAAACAAUGCCAGAGGCCCCCCAACAGCAGCCUGCUGCUGACAACCAAUUAUCUUCAGACUCAAAAAACCAGUAUCUCCCAGCUCCUCAUGUUCCUCAAGUCCCUUUGCAGGGAGACACAAGGGCCUGCCAUGUAGAGCCUGGAUACCUCUUUUUUCCCAACUCUAAUGCCGUGAAACUGUUCCAAAGGCUAGACAAGAAAGUGAGUGAUUUCCUGAUGGUGAAGGGGGAGCAGGAGGAGUGGGAGGAGGAAGAGGACAAAGGAUGUUUUAUAAAGUCACCCAGUUCUUCGGAGAAGCUGCUAUCAGGAGAGACAUCGGGUGAGCCACAGGAUUUUGUGGCUUCUCAUUCGUCAAGCAGCAAAGGCAAGCUCACGCACCAGCCGCUCCCUCACUCCAAGACUUUUGAAGACCAUGAGGAGCUUCAGUCUUCCCUGCUCUUCUGGGGGCCCCCCUCUCUACACAGUGAGGCCCUGAGCCCUACUACCACUAACGCCUAUGACCGUUCCUCAGCAUUGGUCUGCUUCAACAGCAUGGCUGAGGCCUCCAUUGCUGACUACUCUCAUGGCUGUAUGCUUCCCACACCUUUGCAUGCAUAUCAACCACAGACAUGGCUACAGACCGAACCCCAGUCCCAUCCCCAACGUGACCCUCCUGCCGAGUUGCAGCCUCAGCCUCAACCCCAAUCCCGGGUCUCAAUCUUGACAUUUUCUCAUCAAUCCGAGCCUCGAGACUGUGGGGUGCAUUUUCACAGACCCCAGGGAGACGAGCAGCUUCUCAGUUCUUCUGAGAUGCAGUGCUUGGAAUACAACAUCUUGAAAAAGGAACAGGAGAGGGUCUGGGGUUUACCCCUCAUGGUCAAAAAGUCCAAGUAUACUUUUUGUCCCUCACCUCCCAAGGUCUUGUUGGGAAGUCGCUCCUCCAAGGCCUGUACUCCCAGGCCCAUCCUUCCUGGAGACUUCCCCCUCACCAGUGAGCUCCAGAAGAAACUUGAACACCAUCUCCGAAAGAGACUCAUCCAACACCGCUGGGGCCUGCCCGACAGGAUCGACAAGUCCCUGUCACUCAUGAGUCCCCAGUCAGAACUGAUCGACUUCUCUGAGUCAAAAAAGAACCGGGGACUCUCUUGGAUCACUUUCUUUAAGUACCAAGGCAACAAAGACUCUCAGGUCUUAUCUGGAGGUAGCUCUCGAAAUCGGAUGCCUAGAAGGCAUUCUCUACGGGAGACUAGGGUCAAAGAACGAACAUAUAGUCAAGAUAGGGGCCACAAUGACCAAUCCUGGGGUAACAACUUUCAGGAGGCUUCACAAAACAGUGUGCAGUCUCACUUGAAGACACACCGGAAGAGUCGUAUGGGCAGGCAGCCUCCCAGGUUUUCAAGCCCCUCACAGGUGAAACAGUACCAGAGAGGAAUUGAAAAAGCCCUGGAAAAACACCUGAACAAGAAAAUUAGGGAAAUCAGCAGGGGUGAGAUCCCUACCACAGUGGAUAGGUCGAGGCAUUCUGUGAACAUGGCAAACAUAGCGCAGCCUCCACCAGAGACCUCGCCCAAACGAAUGAAAGAUCUGGCACCAAUGGCAUGUAAGGAGCACAUGCUGACGAGGCACCCCCACAGCUUAGCGCUUAGUCCUAGCAAAGAGAAGAUGCUGGAAGAACACAUCACCACCUUCCGCAGAAGGAUGGCAUUUGGCCUCCCACAAAGGGUUGAGGAGUCCUUAGAGUCUUACUCGACAAAAGCAGAGCCUUCUCAGCCUUUCCCUCAGCUCCACGUUCAAGCCCACAACGUUUCUAGAGCAGACCCUGCCAAGUCCUCCAGGUCCCUCCGGAGAACAACUACUGGAGAUAGAAUGGGGACAAUGACUUCAGUCCCCACCCAACAGAGGCCUCUUCCUGCUGCCUCGCUGGUGGGCCACAGCCAGCCAGCCUCUGAGAACAAGAAGGUGGGUGUAGAUAGAGACCUUAGCGUAACCCCAAGGGGCAGAGAGCCAACCCAGCACUGGACACCCAGGAGGGCAGACAAAGGUGACGUGCAGCAGUCUGGAUCACACAACAGACCUGGCCCAGAGCUGCCCAUGAGCCCAGGUGGGCCAACAUAUGAGAGACUGGCUUCCAGCACCAACACACAGGAGUCUCAGGAAGAAAGGAGGAGCCGGGAAGACGGCUCCGAGGCUGAGGGCUCCACAGAGCUACACAAGGGAGAGCAACUCCCGGGUCUUCACCCACAGUCCACUAAGAGCUUGAAAGGCACCCAAGGCCUGUGCUCCCCAGGGAGCCCUGUGACUGCAUGUCAGUCCCCGCAGGGAAUGUCAUUUCUCCACAACUCUGAGAGCCCUGACUCUAAAAGUCAGGUGUCCACAGAAGUUCAGCUGAACUCAGAGGGCGGGACACACAACCAAGUGCCAGACCUGCCUGCCACGCCCUUUGCCCCACAAGAAAUGACUUCCAAACCCCAGGGCCCCUCCGGUGGGGACAUGGCAGUUUCUCAGGUGCUGCGUGUGCACAUGCCCACUGUGGGCAUCAGCAUGGAGUCGAGGCAGGGUCCCUGGGUCCCUGCAUAUGUCUCAGGCAAGAGCAAGAACAAGGACUGUCUCCCUGCUGCCAGGGGAUUGCCACAGCUGGCAACUGAGGCAGGAAAGUUUGGGGGAGGGGAUGCAGGCUUAGGGACAUCCCAGACCACAGGGAAGGGACACUGUGUUCAGGCCAGGGCACCAGAGGAGACACAAGGACUCACAGCCUCCCCAGCACUGACACCUAAGAGUCAGCCUCAGGAAAAUCAGUUCACCAGCCAGGUGAAGGGCUUCUGGCAGAGGCUGUCCCCUGGGAAGAAACACAAAGGACAGGAAAAGUCCCUGGCCAAGGGCUGCUCUCCAUUAGCAUCUGGGAAGGGCACAAGCCCCAUCAAAGGGAGAAGUGAGUUUUGUGGGAACCCUGAAGCUCAGAACUGUGUGAGGGAGCCUGGGAUGGUCCUGAGGAAGCAGCUGGGGCACAGGCAUGGGACAGUCACCCCCUGCCCCCAGGUCCCUGUGUCUCCCCUCAUGGGGUCUGAAGGAGCUCAGCAGGAGGUGCCCCUGCAGGCUCAGGCAGAGCCUGUCCAGAGGCUGCCCCACUUGUGCUGCAGAGGUUCCUGCUCUCCAGUGCCAAGGGCUGAGUCCUGCAGCCCAGGACAGGGGCAGACAGCCCCUGAGAGGUGUGGCCCUACAGGAAAAGCUAAGAGGGUGGAGACCUCCCCUGUGCUUGCUUCUCCACCAAAGUCCUCUCUGUAGGCAUGAAGCUAGCAUGCGUUUCCUGCUGCCCUUCUCUGUGUGGAAGGCGCGGUUUGUUUCCAUUAGCCAAACAAAAUGCGUAGCCAGAAUCUCUGGGGAAUGUUUUCUACCCACCAGUAAAAUUUCCCUUGCUGACAGUAUUGAUUUCACCAGUAAAUUUUCUG